AUGGCGCAGCAAAUCCACUUCGCGGAGACGAUCCGCAGCAUGAAGUUGGCCAUGAAGCGCCGCGCCGACGACUCGGACCACAGCGCCGCCGACGUCCCCCACCGCACGAACCGCGGCAACAAGCUGAUGCGCCGCGCCAGGUACGUCCAGCAGGACCGUCUGGACGACACGGGGCGACUUGCCUACCGCCAGAAAGUCACCCACGCCGGCUACACGCGACACACCAUCUCCACCAACCCGCCCCUGUUCGACGACGACGGCGACCUCUACUCGCCCGCCUCCUCCGACAACGAGAAUGACGACCGCUACGGCCAGCCCAUCGACGAGAACCCGUUCGGCGAGGUGCAGCUGGAGAACCUGCUCCGUCCGCUCACCGCGGCCGCCGAGCUGCCCACCCACCCGAGUCUGAGCAUCCCCUACAAGAGCACGGCGGUGACGCAAAUGGCCGAGGAGGCGCUGGAGAUGCUGAGGAGGGAGCGCAACAAUCUGUGGAAGGCGAAGCACUUGCUGCAGAGGUUCAGAGGAGACGCUGACUGGGUACCGAGCGCGACGUUCGAGACGGAGCACGAUGAUACGCUCUUGAAUGGGGAGGGGAACGUGGGAAAUCAGAGCGCAGUGCCCAGUAUCAUUACGGAUCAGUUACCAUUGGAGUUCGAACCUCCCGCCGAACCAGACGUUCAGAUGGUGGACGAUGUGGUCAAGCCUGCACCCGUUGAUCACGCUAGCCUCGUCGACGGAGAAUCGGUGCGAGAUGCUGAGGCGGUAGAUGCCAUGGUAGUGGAUGCGUUGGCCAAGGACGAGCCAGCCAAGGCGCAAGAGACCGAACCAGGCGAGCCUGCGAAUGCGCCUGGCACAGAGGUGAAUGGGGAGAUAGAGCGGCCGGCAGCAUCGACUGGGGAGAACGUGGCACCAGAGCAGGCACCAAAUCCCAAUGUCUCGGAUAUCGCGGAGCGAGAGGCAGCGUCAGAGACGGCCUCCAACAGCAACGGCACCAACACUCACGCCAUGACGACCCGGGCUCGAGCUCGCUCUCCCGCUGAACGGUCAGAUCGCACCCCUUCCCCAUCGCCCAGCGACUCCGCUUCGAUUCCAGUGGUCCAUCCGUGGUUUGUUGCGCCGUCCACGUCUCUGUCCGACCGCGACCUUGGUCUGCCCGUCAAUGAGGCCGACGACACUCGCAAGCUGCUGCUCCUGUACGUCCAAAAGCAAGAGCAAGUCGUGCGCUCCCUAGAUGCGCUGUACAUGGGCCUGCAAAAGACGGACCGCCUGCGGCAAUACGUGUACAGGAGCUGCAAGGCGGAAGCGCAUCUGGUGCCCGAUGGCAAAGGCAACAUGGUCACCGAGAUGAGCGACGGCGAGGAUUGGUAUGACAUCUCCGACUGGGGUCUGCAGCCACGGGAGCUCAAAGAUGGCCAGUUGGAGAAGGGCAAGGACGAAGUCGAGGACGUGGAAGAAGAAGGUCGCAGGAGACCUGGCCGUGGAAGGCGGGUGAAUCGUAUAUAG